AUGUUAAAAUUGAUUAAGUUGAGUAAUAUUGGUUUCAAUAGAAGAGCAACGAUAUUACUUGGAGGAAUGACUUGUAUUGGUCUUUAUAGUGCAGGUUAUCAAAGAUUUAAGAAAGCAUAGUUUGCAUCUCUUUAUGAAAACUUAGAAUUAAAAUAAGUAUUGAAAUUGAUCAAUUUAAGGAUUAUUAAUAAGAAUAUUUGAAGGGACAUGUUUAAAGUGUUAAUGGGUUUUGGAAUAAGAUGAUUUAGUAUGGAAAAUUGUAAUUAAGAUUUCUGUAAUUGAUCCUAACUUUUACUCCUCUUGUAUUAUUUUUUCCUUUCGCCUUACUUUUCAAAUCAUAUUUGUAUAAGUAUUGGCUAAGACUUUUAAUUAAGUCAUUAGAGAUAGUAAGUUCUUAAUAUAUAAGGCUGGGCCAUUAUGGAUGAAAUUGGGAUAAUGGGCAAGUCAUAGGGGAGAUGUAUUUGGUUAUGAAGUAACUUCAUAGUUAAGUAAGCUAAGAGAUUCAGCAACACCUCACAUUUACUACUAUACAAAAAAAUAGUUUGAAGAUGAAUUUAAACAAAAGAUUGAAGAUGUUUUUGAUAGUUUUGAUAAAAAUCCAAUAGCAUCAGGAUCAAUUGGUUAAGUUCAUAUAGCUUAUAAAAAUGGUGUAAAAUAUGCAGUAAAGGUUAGACAUCCAAGAAUAGUAGAGAAAUUAGAACUAGAUUUAAAAAUUUUAUAUAUAAUAUCAAAUAUAUUGAGUUCAACUCAACAAAUAUUUAGAAGAUUAGCUAUGCCAGUAACAUUUUAGGAAUUUAGUGUAACAUUAAUGAAUUAAGCAGAUCUUUCAUUUGAAGCAAAGAAUCUUCAGAUUUUUGAAUAAAAAUUUAAAGAUUCAAAAAAUGUCAUUUUUCCAAAAAUACUAAAAGAAUAUGUUUCAAAAAGUGUAAUAGUUGAAACAUUUGAAGAAGGAGUAUCAUUGUCAGAUUUUAUGAAAUUGGAAAGAACAAGAGAACAUAGAGUGGCAGCUAAUUUAGGACUAAAAGCAUUUUAUAAAAUGUUAAUUUAUGAUAAUUUUAUACAUGCUGAUCUUCAUUCUGGAAAUAUAUUAGUAAGAAUAAAAGAUAAUGAUACAUCUAAAUUUGAUUAGCUUAAAAAUAUGUUAGAAGAAGGAUUUUAUGAUUUAGUGGAGUAUGCUGCUGAAUAGAUUGUACCACUAUUUGAAAAGUUUGUAUUAAAGAAACCAUUAAAAGUAAAUUAUACUAUUAUUAAUAGAUUUCAAUAUUAGAGAAAGAGAAGAUAUUUGAUGAAUAACAAUUUUGGAACUUCUUGAGGUAGACGAAUUAUAAUUAAAAAAAUUUAGAUUUAAUAUUUAUAGAUCCAGGAAUGGUUACUAUUUUAAAUUAGAAUGAUAGAAUAAAUUUUAUUAAAAUAAUUAUGUUUGUUGCCUUAAGAUAACCUAAAGAAUGUGGUCAAUUAAUGUUAAGUUUGGCAUCAUAUAAUACUUAAUUAAAGGAAGAAAAGAAAUAAAAGUUUUUAAAAGAUAUAGAAGAUUUAUUUGGAGAGGUUUGUAAUGCCCCUUUAGCUAAAAUGGAUUUAGGUUUAAUUUUUAAAGGUAUGCUUGAAAUUUUAAGAUCUAAUGGACUUGCAGUAGAAGGACAUUUUGCUACAUUAUUAACUAAUAUGAUGAUAUUAGAAGGAAUAGGAAAAGAAUUAGAUCCUAAAAUCAAUAUAGUAUCUAAAGCAGCAUCUUUUCUUCUGUAAAUAAGAACAAUAGAUAGUACAAUAAAUGAAUUAAUGAAUAUUUCAUAAUGA